GCAAACUGUUAGUGGUGAAAAAAAGAACACGCAUGGACUCACAUGUUAACUUUCUAAGAAGAUAUCGACGUAGUUUCAUUUUGUAAAUCGCCAUGAAGGCCCAUGCAUGGUUUAUUAUCUGUUGCCUCUAUGGCCUGUGCGCAAUGGGAGGUGCAUCAGAAGAGGAAGAUCAGCUGAUGAAAAAACUCUUCUCUUCGUAUAACCUCAAAGUGCGGCCUGCAAAGAUACCAGAGGAAAGGGUCAUCGUUAGGAUUGGCAUGACCCUUUCAUCAUUUGUCAGCUUGAACAUGAAAGAUGAGGAGAUGAACACUAUUGUUAUCAUGAACUUGGAGUGGAAUGAUUAUCGUCUUUCUUGGAACCCAAAAGAUUAUGGAGGAAUCGAUGUGUUGCGUAUCUCAUCCGGAAAAAUGUGGCUCCCUGACAUUGUUCUCAUCAACAAUAAUGACGGCAAGUUUGGUGUAGCUCUACAGGUGCAUGUGCAGGUCUACAGUAAUGGCCGUGUGACGUGGACUCCACCAGCACUAUACAAGAGUUCAUGUGGGGUGAAGGUGGCAUACUUUCCUUUUGACUGGCAGAACUGCACCAUGGUUUUCCACUCGUACACAUACGACUCUUCCGAAGUGGAUCUGCAGCACGGCCUUGAUAAGAAGGGAAAUGAAAUCCGAGAGAUAGUCUACGACACAGGCUUCAGUGAAAGUGGAGAAUGGCACAUUCGUCACAAGGUUUCUAGGAAGAAUGUGCAAGAGGACCUGUAUGAGGACAUCACCUUCUACCUGAUCAUCGAGAGGAAGCCCAUGUAUUAUGUGUUUAACAUCGUCCUGCCCUGUAUCCUCAUCACCAUCAUUGCCAUCUUUAACUUCUAUCUACCACCUGAUGCAGGGGAGAAAAUGGGACUUUCCAUCAAUGUGCUGCUCACUCUAACUGUCUUUCUGCUUCUGUUGGCCAACAAAGUCCCAGAAACCUCUCUGGGUGUGCCCAUCAUUGUCAACUACCUGAUGUUCACCAUGAUCCUCGUCACCUGCUCCGUCAUUCUCAGUGUCGUGGUGCUCAAUCUUCACCACCGCUCCCCCAACACACACCAAAUGCCCCUCUGGGUGCGCAAGAUCUUUAUCCACAUGUUGCCUCCUUACCUGGGGCUACUGAGACCUAAAGUGGAGAUGCCUCUAUUUCUUGAGAAAUCUCCCAAAAAGAAAAACAUCCAAGCCAUCAGCAGAAUGGCAGAUGAGUACUUCAUCCGCAAGCCCAAUAACACCAGCUUCCUCUUCCCUAAACCCAACAGGUACCAGCCUGAUGGUCAAUGUACUGACCUGAGGAAGUUCAUUGAAGGCCCCAGUCAUUACCUCACUCUUCCUCCAGAACUCAAGGCAGCCGUUGAGGCCAUCACCUACAUUGCGGAGCUGCUACAGGCUGAGAAAGAUUACGUGGCUUUAAAGGAGGACUGGCAGUAUGUCGCAAUGGUGGUUGACAGACUCUUCCUCUGGAUUUUUGUGAUUUUUACCACCGUUGGGACACUGGCCAUUUUUGCUGACGCCAGUUUUAAUGCGACUCCCACUGACCCCUUCAUGAGCCCCUAAAUCCGAAUGUCAUUUCUUAAAACUUGGACUUUUCACUGGUGCAAAUGUGUUAUACACUGACUGCAUGUUUAUGGUCUUUUACUUUAUGAGUAGAAAAAAGCAAUUUGUUCCCACAAAUACAUUUAAGUUAAAGCAAUGAAUCAAUGCAUUAUUAUUAUGUAAAUGAAGUCUAUUUUUCCCACUGCAUCACAUCACCCUUCUGACUUUACUCCUGCGCAGACCUACAUGCAUUUACGCAUAAUUUCUAAGAGGUUGCUUUGUUACUUAUAGUGAUGUGUGCUCUUAAACGUGUGAAGGCUGUUCAAGUCAUGUUGAUUUUUUAUUUAGUUAUCAUUAGAAAUUUCUAUGUGAUGAAUAAAAAGUGUGUGUCAAGGAAAUCUGCCUUCUGAAGAGAUU